CGCUUUUCCUCCCUCCCUCCCGCCCUAUUUUAACUAUUUUAAAGACUCUGGGAUUGUUUUCAAAGAAUCCUGCGACGGGGUUUGAAAAGGAGCCGUGAGGGCUCAAAAGCCUGCCGCGCGUGCGCGCUGGCCUGGUGGAGACGCAGGGUGAUCCGGCACGCGCAUGCGCAAGGAGAAGAAGGUGCAAGUUGGAUCGGGAAAGGGACCAAGGCCCGCGCAUGCGCACUGAGCGGAAUCCAGGAUUUGGCGGGAAGCACUAAUAAUAAUAAUAAUGGACCUCAAGAUUGAACUUCAAAGACUCUGGCAGAAACCAGUGCAGGUGGUCCCGGUGGUGAUGGGCACACUGGGUGCCGUGCCAAAAGAUCUCAGCCGGCAUUUGGAAACAAUAGACAUUGACAAGAUCACCAUCUGCCAACUGCAAAAGGCCACCCUGCUGGGAUCUGCACACAUCAUCCGAAAAUACAUCACACAGUCCUAGACACUUGGGAAGUGUACGACUUGUGGUUUUGCGAAACGAAAUCCAGCAUAUCUAUCUUGUUUGCUGUGCCAUACAACGUCGUUGUGUUGAUAGUAAUAAUAACUUUAUUUUUAUACCCCGCCCCAUCUCCCCGAAGGGACUCGGGGCGGCUUACAUGGGGCCUUGCCCGAUAAAACAAUCAAAUAUCAAAACACAGCAAUAAAACAGUUAUCCAAUAUAAACAUCAAUCAAUGGCCGUAUGUUAUGGAAAUGUCAAAGUGGAAAUGCUUGGAAGAAGAAGACAACGCUCAGAAGACGGGGGAAUUCCAGACAUGAAACAAUCACGGCCAGCUAACACCUCCCAACAAAGGAUUCCCCAGGCAAGUGGUCCAAGAUGCUGAGCCGGCUGAUGAGUGGCAGCAGCAGGAGCCUGGAGCGCGACUACAGCUGCACCGUCCGCCUCCUGGAUGACAGCGAGUACGCCUGCACCAUCCAGCGCGAUGCCAAAGGCCAGUAUCUGUUUGACCUCCUUUGCCAUCACCUGAACCUCCUGGAGAAGGACUACUUUGGGAUCCGCUUCGUAGACCCGGACAAGCAGCGGCACUGGUUGGAAUUUACGAAGUCUAUCGUGAAGCAGAUGCGAUCGCAGCCGCCCUUCACCAUGUGCUUCCGGGUGAAGUUCUACCCCACGGAUCCGGCCGCCCUGAAGGAGGAGAUCACCAGGUAUCUGGUCUUCUUGCAGAUCAAAAGGGACCUCUAUCACGGGCGCCUCCUCUGCAAGACCUCCGACGCCGCUCUCCUCGCCGCCCACAUCCUUCAAGCGGAGAUCGGCGACUACGACCCCGGGAAGCAUCCUGAGGGCUAUAGCUCCAAGUUCCAGUUUUUCCCUAAACAUUCAGAAAAGCUGGAAAAGAAGAUUGCAGAGAUCCACAAGAUUGAGCUCAGCGGUCAGUCGCCAGCCAUGUCAGAACUCAAUUUCCUGAGGAAAGCCCAGACCUUGGAAACCUAUGGCGUCGACCCACAUCCCUGCAAGGAUGUGUCCGGGAACGCCGCCUUCCUGGCCUUCACCCCCUUCGGGUUUGUCGUCCUGCAAGGAAACAAGCGAGUGCACUUCAUCAAAUGGAAUGAAGUGGCAAAGCUGAAAUUCGAAGGCAAGACGUUCUAUUUAUACGUAAGUCAGAAAGAGGAAAAGAAAAUCGUUCUGACCUAUUUUGCUCCGACUCCCGAAGCCUGCAAGCACCUCUGGAAAUGUGGCAUCGAGAACCAAGCCUUCUACAAACUGGAGAAAUCCAGCCAAGUCCGCACCGUUUCCAGCAGCAACUUGUUUUUCAAAGGGAGCCGGUUCCGAUACAGCGGCCGGGUUGCAAAGGAAGUGAUGGAAUCGAGUGCCAAGAUCAAGAGGGAACCUCCGGAGAUACACAGGGCGGGACUGGUUCCCAGCCGCAGCUGCCCGUCCAUCACCCACGGCCCACGGCUCACCAGUGUCCCCAGGACCCGGAGGAGGGCGGUGCACAUCUCCAUCAUGGAAGGCCUGGAGUCCUUGCGGGACAGCGCCCACUCCACGCCGGUGCGCUCCGCCUCCCACGGCGACGCCUUCCUGCCGCACUCGCGGACCUUCCGGGCGGAGAGCAGCGAGCGGGUGACCAUCAUUUCGGACGAGAUCUACAGCCCCUCGGACAGCGUGCUCCCGACGCCGGUGGCGGAGCACAGCCUGGAGCUGAUGCUGCUCUCGCGGCAGAUCAACGGGGCCCCGUGCAGCAUCGAGGAGGAGAAGGAGUCCGAGGCCGGGACGCCCACGCUGGCCGCGGCGGAGGGAGAGGAGCGCGGAGGGGAGCUGCGCGCCUUGUGCCCCGGCGCAGGACGCCGCGGCCGAGCGCAGCAGCAGCAGCAGCAGGCGGAACAGGUGAAUACCUUUGUUUUAAGUGUCCUCCGUUUGCUCCUUGCGACCGUCGGGCUCCUCUUUGUUUUGCUCCUCCUCCUGAUCAUCCUAACCGAGUCUGACCUUGACAUUGCCUUUUUCCGUGAUAUUCGCCAGACCCCCGAGUUUGAACAGUUCCAUUAUCAAUACUUUUGUCCCCUCAGGCGAUGGUUUGCCUGCAAAAUCCGCUCCGUGUUCAGCCUGCUCAUUGACACCUGAAGGCAGGACUCCUCCUCCUCCUCCUCCUCCUCCUCCUCCUAGUAACUAGCCAGGUGGAUUGCGAAGACCCCUGCUACCCGCCCCCAGAAAGUUACGGGACACACCGCGGCACCAUCGGCACAUAACAAUAAGUCCUUCUCCUCCUCUUCCUCCUCCUCCUUUCAUGAAUCACUGCAACCCAGGGGAGUUGUUUCCGUGCGGAAGAAAGGGAGAUAAGACUUAUGCCAGGCCCAAACACUCGCCCCAUUUCUCUAAAGGCCCUCUUCUUUCCUGGAACAUUGCUGCAACAGGUCCGCUUCCCAACUCCUAACUUUAUUCUGCACUCCUCACCUUUCCUUUUAGCUUUUCACUUCAAGGACUUUGAGUAAAGAGUUUAUUUUGUUACUUCGAUCACCGCAUUAAAUGCCAGCCUCCACCCGGGACGCUAGUUCGAGAAGAGAGCGAUGACUUUAUGCAGGAGCUUUUGUAAUGGUGCUACCGAGUUGUACUUUUCAUAUGACGGUAUUAUUGCCAUUAUUCUUAUUUUUUUUUAUUUUGUUGAAACUGCCACUACUGUGCACAGCACCACCUUAAAUGCAGUCAUUUGAAAAGAGGCCGAUUUCCUAACUUAUUCCCAUCCACUUCUGGUUUAAAUGUGGGACAUAAGUGGAGAGAAGAGGGAAGAAAUAAGGUUCGGACAAGGAGGGAAGGCCAUGCGUUUCCAUUUAUUUUUUAAGCAAUAGGCAAGAAAGAGACGAGGUGUAAACCUCUUUCCCCCAAUCCCACCUCCUUCCUUCCUUUGGGAAUUCCAGCUUCUCACCAUUAAUAUUCCAGGACUUUCCUUUAGUUCAAGUCCCCAAAUAACACAGCCAUUAUUUAGCACACAGGCAGAGUAAAUAAAUACCUGUCACCGAUUCUCUCUGGCCAAGCCUUGCUAUCUAUGUAGUUGUGACCAUCUGGAUUUCAUUUGAAAGACAUUUUUUUUUGCCUCAGAAAGCUAUAAUUGUUUUUUCUACUACAAAAAGGUUUCAACCUCUAUUUUAAGAACAAAAUGCUAUUUUGUUAUUUUUUUUAACUUUAUGACUGAUAACAUGUGUAUAGGGUGUGUGGUGUACAAAAGCGAUGGGCAAACAAAAGAUGUGCGAUUUUUUAAAAAAAAGAAUGGCCUUUUGGGCAUCAUGUACUAACCCACUUGUAGAUAAGAUUCAGGAAGGGAAGAAAACGGUUUUCUCGCGCCGCUUCAUCCGACCGAUCCAGGGAAGGAGAGAAAGGAUGGCAAAGUCGACGCGGAAAGCGAAGAAGCCGGCAACGCAAUCUGACCGACGCUGUCUCCAAACGGAAGGGGAAAAAAUUAUCUUGUGAUGUGAAUUAUAUUAUUAUUUAUAUCCAAGAGCAGCUCAUUUGUU